AAUGGAUGCUCAGUUGAACGCGGGGAUCGAGAGUCGGUCGCACCGUAGGACUGGAAGCGGAGCUUGUGGGAUUUAAGAGACUCGUUGCUACAUAGUUUAUCAGACUAAAGGCGUGACAACACCCGCGCGCAGAGACCGACGCAUCGCAUCGCAUCCGAGAAACAAAGCGUUUGUUUCGCAGAGAGCACGAGAGGAAUCAAAAUGUCAGAUGCAGCUAACGGUACCGGAGCUUACGGACGCCAAUAGAGCAUUGUUAUUGUUUUGAUGCUGACCGGCUCUCUGUUAACGGCGGACGCGGCGUUUAGGUGCAUGCGUUUGAGUAAGUUGCGCGUGGACUUGGAUGGGUAGCAGGUGCAUGAGCGCAUCACCUAUGAGCCAUGCGAUUAUUAUUCACGAUGCAUAUUCGUGUUUUAAUAAGAUCUGAGGAUAAAUCAGCAUUUAUUUGAUUGCAUUGCGUUUUUCUUCUCCAUUGCAAUGCGAUAAAGCACCAGUCGCGUGAUGUUCAAAUUGACUGUUGCAUACUGAAUCAAUGCAGCCACUCGAAUGCAUAUUUAAUUCAUUAAAUCGUAAGUGUCUUAUGUUUAUUUAGAUGUUUUUUUUUGUACGUUACUACGGUUUGAUUCUAGACGUGCUGUACAAAUCAUAAUAGCAAAAUAUAACCUAAUUGCUGCCUUCAAUUCUGAAUUCAAUUCAAAAAGUGUUGCCAGUCAUUCAUAACCUGCAGUGAUAAGUUCAUUGCACUUUUUUUUGACCACUUCAAAGCGAAUUACUCAAAGAAGAUGUGUAGAAAUCUAAGUCUAAUCAAAUUUACAAUGCAUGAUAUGUAUAUGCUAUUGUAUGAUGUGGUCUCAUGCUAAAUAUUGCAUUUGUUAAUUGAGUGGUUUUAUUGCUAACAUGGCUGUUUAAAAUGGCAACAAAUCUAAAAAAGCAUCCCAGAAAGGAGCAGCUUCACAAUUGAGGUUCUACAGUUAAGAUUGUGUUGUUUAUUGUUAAUUAAAAGUGAAACCGCAAUGUUAAAAAGUUAGAUUGGAUAUUUGAGUGAAAGCUUUAAAUCCAGAGGAUGAUCCUUUCUGGAGUGGCUGGACUGCUGUCAGAGCGGCUUUCACAAGAUUAACAGCCCGCUGCUCUUUUCUUUGGCUGCAAUCAAACCGUUUACGGGACUAUUCGCCAUCUCUACCUGUUUUUAAAACUUGUUUGUGCUAAAUGGGACUUAAAUGAAGUCCAUCUGAAGUCACAGACAGUGACAUGGCUUGUAAAUCAUGUCUGAUCCUUCUAUAGAGUUAGAACAGUAAGAAACCCAUUGAGGAAAUGGCAUUGUCUUUAAAGCGAGAAGCAGCUGACUUUUUUCUGCUGCUGUAAUGUGACAUUGCGACAUCUUUUUGUGAAACGUGCCAAACCGAGAAGCAGCUGACAAAUUGUAAAUAUGACUUUGUGACAUAAAGAGUCUUAACUUUUAGCAAAACAAGACAUUUAUGACAUUGUGACGGUACAAAUUUAAGCGCGGCGAACUGAGAAGCAGCUGACACUUUCAUUCUGCUGCUGUUGCGAAGAUGAGAUUGUGAUACCGGGAGUUUAUUUGCGGCAAACCGAACCUGGUGCUUGCUGCAAAUAUGACAUUGUGACAUCAGGACUCGUUCUCUGAAGCGCCAGACUGAAGAGCGGCUGACACUCUCUUUUUUGCUGCUGCUGCUGCUGAUGAUGCUGCGGCUGCGAAAAUGCUGCGAUUCCCUGUGAAGAAAAUACGAAAGCAGUUCAAACUUCUGCUGCUGCUGGUGCUGCUCACUUUCGCCGUGUGGUUUACGUACCUGCACAUCAACCAGGGCAAAUCCAUCAAACUUCACUUCAACUAUGGAAAAGAUGGUGAGAGGCCGAUGGAGGGAACUGAUACCAGCCGGAAGAGAGACUCGCGUUCAUCAGACAAGUACCGCAAAAGCGAAGACGCCAGCAACAGCCAGGAGGAGGAAAAUGCAGAAGAUGAGCCCAACGCUGGCACCCUUCAUGACAAAGAUCAAGCUGAAAUCCGCAAGUUCAUCGCACAGAAGUACAAAAAGUUGCCAUGGAAACCAGAGCUGUGAAAGUUCUUAAUGAGAAGUUCUCAAACCUUCACCGAAGCUCUUAAUAAGCGCAUGCUGGCCUGGAC